AUGGCCUCUGCCGCUCCCAACGCACUGGCCGCGAACAAAUCACCCCGAAUUCUUGCCUGCGUUCUUUGCCAGCACCGCAAAAUCAAAUGUGAUCGCUCGUUUCCCUGCGCAAACUGCUUAAAGGCCAAUGUGCAAUGUACUCCCAGCACGCCAGCGCCCCCUCGCAAGAGGAGGCGUCCCAACCAGGAUCUCCAGGAGAGGCUUGCGCGCUGCGAGGAGCUUCUUCGAGAGUACGCCUCGGAGGGCAAGAGCGAAGACAUUCCCUCGACGCCUACCCACUCUAGCACGAGCCCACAGCACACUCCGAAGCCGAGCGAGGAGCCCAUGCCGAACUGGCACAAGCAUGGCAAACUGAUCAAGCAGGAGGGCGGCAGCACCCGAUUUAUCGACUCCUACGUCGUGUUCACCAUCUACGACGAGCUCCGAGCCAUGCGCACCAUCAUUGACGACGAUGAACCCUCGCUCGAUGAUGAUCUUUCGGAAGGCCCGACUCCUGACACGAACGGCGCAGACCUGCUCAUGGGCGGAGAAACCCCGCAAAGCCCGCCCUCCACGUUUGACCUGCAUCCAGACGCGGGCCAGAUGUUCCGCCUCUGGCAGGUGUUCCUGGACCGUGUGAACCCCCUCUUCAAGGUCAUCCACAUCCCGACGGUGCAGCCAUACCUGAUCGAUGCCACGAACCGUUCCGCCGACCAUCCGCUCCCAAAGAAUGUCGAAGCGCUGCUCUUUGCUAUAUACAACAUGGGAGCUGUGGCGCUCUCAGAAGAGGAAUGCCAGACAUUGUUGGGCUGCUGCCGGGACGUCGCCAUACAGCGCUUCUCUAACGGCGUUCGGACAUGUCUGAACCAAGCCAAGUUCCUCAAGAACCAUGAGUUUACUACGCUACAAGCCUUCGUGCUUUAUCUGGUUUCGAUCCAAGGCAGGUACAACCAGCAUGCUACCUGGAUUCUCCAUGGAGUGGCGGUUCGCAUCGCUCAGAAGAUGGGCCUCCAUCGAGAUGGCACAUCGUUCGGCCUCAGCCCGUUCGACGUCGAGAUGAGGCGCCGGAUGUGGUGGCAGAUCGUGGCGUUGGAUGGCAGAUUUGCCUUCAUGUCUGGGCUGGGGCACGCACUGCUACCGCGAGUGUGGGACACCAAAGAGCCCAGAAACCUCAACGACGCAGAUCUAUACGCCUCGGCCACCGAGCUACCCCCAGACCGCGACAGCCCGACCGAGAUGGUGUUCUCCCUGAUCCAGAACAGGCUCACGCGCUUCCUCGUCGAAACCCCGGGACUUGACCCAUCUUUUCUCUUCGACCCCAGCUCUCGCAACUCUCCCGAGAGCCCUAGCAAGGAGAAGCUGGAAGAGUACCGCGCCAUGCUCGCUGUGGCGGCGCAAGAUAUCGCUGACAUCGCUGAACACCAAUGUGACGUUUCGGCGGGCCCGAUACAUGUCUUCACACUCGAAUUCGUGACCAUCAUAUUGGGCAAAGUCCGAACGCUGGUUGCACCCGAUAACAAUGAUAACAAACCCAACUGGGGCAAUUCUCCCAAGGACAACGUUUUCCGCCUCGCGGUGGAAGGACUGGAGCAUCACGUGCGCCACCACCGCACCGCCCUCAAAACGGGGUUUCUUUGGUAUAUACGCCUCCAGCUUCACGAGGAGCUCUUCAUCUUCCUCGCCGGCCAGCUAUGUCACCGUCCCGAUGGCGCACUGUCAGAUAAGGCGUGGGAGUAUCUGGAGGCAUUCGAGCCCCUUCACCCCAGCCUCUUCGACCCCAACUCAAGCAAGUCGCAUAUGACAUUGGCAGCGUACCUGGUCAAGGCAUGGAACGUAAGGGAGGAGCACUUCAUGCAACAAGUUGGCCUGCCCCUCCCAACACCGGCAUUCAUCGAGCGGCUGAGGGAGGAUGUGCCACAAACCAAGGUUGAGAGCCCGUCCAUCAACAGCCGGACGGAUUUGGGAGGAAGCGUCAAGGUCAAACUCAACGAGAACGAUCCCAUAUUUGACGAUUUCAUGGGCACCUACGUCGACGGCACCUACGUCGAAGGCGGAGACUGGGAUAUCUUCUCCAACGUAGGCCUCGGCGCAACAGCAACCCCGGCCUUCGGGGUUACUAAUGGCAAUCCAAUGGGCAUGAAUAUGCCCAAUGGACAGGGUACGAAUCAGAUGCCCCCGGGCCUAGUCGGACUCUUUGGCCUGGGUGCUGAGUGGAAAGAUGGCGGAGCUGGUUAUUAG